UUGAAAUUUACUUCAAAAUUCGAAAUUAUGUUUCGGUCGCUUUUAUUCCUCGCAUUGUUUCUAGUGUGUGUAAAUGGUCGAACAAAAUAUGACCCCACAAAGGUGGAUUAUUGUUCGAAAACUUGUUAUAACAACAACGCAACAUCCACCGGUUGCAAAUGCAAACAUCAAGGAACUCGUAUCGAAAUUUUAGACAAAAUGGUAGAAUUUCGCCGAUUUAUUGUAGACCAACACAAUCGUUGGCGAAAUUUCAUCGCUUCUGGUAAAGAAACUCGCGGUUUUGCCAAAUCAGUGUCCGACAUGUUGGUCAUGAACUACGACCUGGAGCUUGAAUAUUUGGCACGAUGCUAUGGACGAAGUACUUUUAACGGAUUUCACGAUGAAUGUAGAAUGUUGCACAAUAAUGGCCAAUCUGGUCAGAAUCUCGCUGGAUUAAGUAUUAAAGACCUCAGUUUUAAACUGAUAAAAGAACAAAUUUUCGACUGGUAUGACGAAGUCAAAGACAUGCAGGAAGAUAUUUAUGCGAAAUUCCGUUCUCGUGGGGCAGAAAAGAUUAAAAUUGGACAUUUUACAGCAAUGUGUUGGGGGGCUGCUAAUAUUGUAGGUUGUGCUCGAAUUUAUACAUCAGAUCCGAAAAAAGACAACUUUGUAAAUCCGAUUUAUGUGCAAACUUUAAUCUGCAAUUACGCUGUGAAGGAUGUUCAAGGAACAGUCAACAUGCUUGACAGUCCGGUGCAUAUCCAAGGACCACCUUGUUCGAAAUGUCCCAAAAAAAAGAAAUACAACAAGUGUAACAAAAAGUACACCUCUUUGUGUGGAAUACUAGAAAAAAUUCCAAUAGACGAACCCUUUAAUUUUGAACCAAAAAUUAGUAAAGAACAGAAACAGCCAGUAAAGCGAAAGCGACCGCGUAAAAACAACUCGGAAAUUUUAAAAAAUAAUCCGAUUUUAGUCGUUGUAUUGUUGGUGUGUCUUUUUUGGUAAAUCGUAAUAAAC